GCUAAAACAACCGAGGGAGAAACCCCCUUAAUGCUUCAUUCAAUGUUAUUCGCUGUUGGUCUCCCCCUUUCAAUAGUAAAUAACUUAAGAGUUGAAUUAUUUUUUGCUAUAGUCGACUCGUUUUCACAAAGAUUUUUCACUCCGUUCAAGUAACGUGACAUUUAAACUCUCUCGCAGGUGAAGUAAUACAUCUUACACAGUAGCUGGCUGAGAUAUCUCACUUAGCUAAGCUAGAAAACACCGUCAAGGCCUACCGGAUGAUCGGUCGGUACUGUGGAGCCUCUGGUGAAGACGAACACGCCGCCCGGUUUCCUUCUGCAAGUGAACAUCUGCAUAUUGUUGUUCGGUGUUUCUCAGAAUUAUAAAAGAACAUUUUCGCAGGCAGAAAACAUGGAAGCUCCACCUGUGACAGUGAUGCCCGUCACCGGGGGUACAAUAAAUAUGAUGGAAUACCUGCUUCAAGGUAGUGUGUUAGACCAGGCCUUGGAAAGCCUCCUGCACCGCCUCCGAGGUCUGUGUGACAACAUGGAACCUGAAACUUUUACAGAUCAUGAACUGGUUUACCUUCUGAAAGGCCAACAAGGAAACCCUUUCAUUCUGCGGGCCCGGCGCUCCCUCUCCCAUCCCACAUCUCCAUGGCACCUACGCUACUUAGGCCAGCCUGAAGUCGGGGACAAGAGUCGCCAUGCUUUGGUGCGCAACUGUGUUGAUGUGGCUGCCUCUCACAGCCUGCCAGAGUUCCUCAAUGAGAUGGGAUUCCGCAUGGACCACGAGUUUGUGGCCAAUGGGCACAUUUUCCGCAAAGGGGCUAUGAAAAUUGUGGUCAGCAAGCUGUCACGCAUCCUGGUACCGGGGAACACUGAGAACACAGAGCGUCUUUCACUUUCAUACCUGGUGGAGCUGAGCCUGUUGGCCCCUGCUGGCCAGGACACUGUGUCAGAGGACAUGCGCAGCUUUGCUGAGCAACUCAAACCUCUGGUGCACCUCGAGAAGAUUGACCCCAGCAAACAGAGACAUUGAAUGACAUCAUUUGGAGGGUCAAAUCAACAGUGACUACCAUGGACACUUUUUUAUACUUUAAAAUAAAUACAGUGCAACGAUUUCUAAACAGUCA